CCGGUAUCGGAUCAGCGCGGUGAGAGCCGAGCGUGGGGCGGGCGGGACCCGCGGUACAGCCGGGGACACUGCCGCAGCUCUGCUGGGCCACCAUGUCACCCAGCCAGGAAUCCGUUUUCCCUGAGUAUGAGAGAGAGACCAGCCAGACCUCAAAGCUGAUAAAAAAAGUUAAGGAGACGCCGUUAGUGCCCAUUGGGAUGGGUGGCUUCGCUGCUGUGGUUGCCUAUGGGCUGUACAAGCUGAAGCACAGAGGUGACACCAAAAUGUCCCUUCACCUGAUCCACAUGCGUGUGGCAGCCCAGGGCUUCGCCGUGGGAGCCCUGACGUGUGGUGUGCUGUAUUCCAUGUUCCAGGAUUAUGUGGUGAAGCCCAAGGAAUAGUGGGAAGCUGUCUGAAAUCCCUGUUCUGGUAGUGGCCUGUGUACUGCAGCUCCAAACCUCCUGUCGAGGGGUCCUUGAGGGAAAACAAAUAAUACAUGGCAUUAGAGAAUU